CCACCCUAAAUCGACGAGAACCUGCCGUUCCUCGCUCAAAUUUUGUCGGCGCGAAAAAUUGCUAAAGGUAAAUGGAAACAUCUGAUGCCAUUUGGAAACUGUUUUGCAGCUUAGGGCUCAUAUAUCCUGAGAGAUCUAGAUAUCCAGUCAUUUCAGCAGGUUUGAUAUUUCCCCAUCACAGAUAUUUUAGUGAUGACUACAUUUACAUAUUGGCAUGUGUUGAUUACGUUAGCAUUAAACUUUCACCUCUUCCCUGGCUUCUUGUGUUUAGUUGAUAUCACUUACCAUGUUGAAGAAGAACGCAAUACUGGAACCUAUAUCGGUGAUAUCGCAGCAGAUUUUCUUCUUCUAAAUACAUCCCCAUACCAAGGUUCCCUCCAAACAACAUUUAACCAACUUCAGCAGAGGAAAUUUGGUUCUAAUCAACUGUUCAACGUGACUACUUCAGGUAAACUUCACACAGCUCGGAUAUUGGAUGCUGAACAGCUGUGCAGUCCCAAAAAGGACUGUUAUACCAUUGUUAAAGUUGCUGUCCGACAGGCAGACAUGUUUAUGCGAAUUUUAAAAGUGAAAGUAAUAAUAGAAGAUGUUAAUGACCACCAUCCAGAAUUCCCAGAAAGAGUUGAGAAUAUAGUUUAUUACGAGACAGAUGGAAUUGGUACAAUCAAAACCCUACCGCAUGCCAUUGAUAGAGAUGUUGGAGUUGUGAAUUCAAAGAUAUCAUAUCAGUUAAGAAAUAAACCAGACUUACCAUUCACAUUGUCUGCAAGGAAAACCAUUACUGGUAGUUCUGAACUGGGAAUCAUUUUGGCAAGGAAAUUAGACAGGGAGGUAAAAGAUUCUUAUAAUCUACAAGUUAUUGCCAAAGAUGGAGGCUAUCCAUCGAAACAAGGUGUUUUAGAUGUGCACAUAUCUGUCAUAGACUUAAAUGAUAAUUCACCAGUAUUUAAUAAAGAUAUUUAUAACAUCUCAGUAAGGAACACGCAUCAAAGAAACAGGCCAAUUGCAAUGGUGUCUGCAAAAGAUUUAGAUUCCGGAGAAAAUGGUCAUGUUAUAAAUUUAGUCUCCAAGGCUGUUGAUAUAGAAAUUCCUGUAGAGAUUAACAAUGUUCAGGGUUUAACAUCAAUGGCCUGGAUCUCAUGUAGCAUCAUCAAUCAAGUAACCCAGAUAUUUUGUAUGAGCACUUGUAUGACAAAAUACGUUGUAGGCUAUCAAUAUAUUGCAUGCAGAAGGUUUCAACAAGACUGUUUUCUUUAUCCUGAUGCUGUAUUCCCUGAUUGCACAUUCCUUGUCACAAUUUCCAUCUUAGGAGAUAUUUUCAUCUAUUCCUAUGUCUCUGUAUAUUCCUCAUCAGAUAUCAAAGCAACAGUCAUUCUAUUGAUACUCGGUGGUCUUGCAAUUCGUCCUUGUUUUACAACCAGUUAA